GUGUUACACAGUUGGGGUUCAGGAGCCCCAGUAUUUGCCUCUGGAUCUGACAUUUCUGCUGCUGUCACUGAUUGUGCUGAUGUUACACCCCGGCAGCUUGUGGGGGUCACACCUUUGUGUUCUUAUUUAUCCUGAGAAUUUGUUGCUUUUUAUCUGGCGACUCUGUGACUAUUCUGUGGUUAUUCUGUGACUAUUCUGUGGUUAUUCUGUGACUAUUCUGUGGUUAUUCUGUGACUAUUCUGUGGUUAUUCUGUGACUAUUCUGUGGUUAUUCUGUGACUAUUCUGUGACUAUUCUGUGGUUAUUCUGUGGUUAUUCUGUGACUAUUCUGUGGUUAUUCUGUGACUAUUCUGUGGUUAUUUAGUGACUAUUCUGUGACUAUUCUGUGGUUAUUCUGUGACUAUUCUGUGGUUAUUCUGUGACUAUUCUGUGGUUAUUCUGUGACUAUUCUGUGACUAUUCUGUGGCUAUUCUGUGGCUAUUCUGUGGCUAUUCUGUGACUAUUCUGUGGUUAUUCUGUGGCUAUUCUGUGGUUAUUCUGUGGCUAUUCUGUGACCAUUCUGUGACUAUUCUGUGGCUGUUCUGUGGUUACUCUGUGGUUGUUCUGUGGUUUUUCUGUGAUUCCUCUGUGGUUAUUCUGCGACUAUUCUGUGGUUAUUCUGUGGUUGUUCUGUGGCUAUUCUGUGAUUCCUCUGUGGUUGUUCUGUGGUUGUUCUGUGGUUAUUCUGUGGCUAUUCUGUGGUUGUUCUGUGGUUAUUUUGUGGCUAUUCUGUGGUUGUUCUGUGGUUAUUCUGUGACUAUUCUGUGGUACUGCUGUGGUUACUCUGUGGCUAUUGUGUGGUUAUUUUGUGGCUAUUCUGUGGUUAUUCUGUGGCUAUUCUGUGGUUACUAUGUGGUUACUCUGUGGUUAUUCUGUGACUAUUCUGUGGUUGUUCUGUGGUUAUUCUGUGGCUAUUCGGUGGUUGUUCUGUGGUUAUUCUGUGACUAUUCUGUGGUUCUGCUGUGGUUACUCUGUGGCUAUUGUGUGGUUAUUCUGUGAUUAUUCUGUGGCUAUUCUGUGGUUGUUCUGUGGUUUCUCUGUGGUUAUUCUGUGGUUACUCUGUGGUUAUUCUGUGGCUACUCUGUGGCUAUGCUGUGGUUGUUCUGUGGCUAUUGUGUGGUUAUUCUGUGGCUAUUCUGUGGUUCUGCUGUGGUUACUCUGUGGCUAUUGCGUGGUCAUUCUGUGGCUAUUCUGUGGUUAUUCUGUGGCUAUUCUGUGGGCUGUUCUCAUUUCUCCAGUAACAUUCCUUGUGGAUCAAUGGGAUUUUACUGAUGGAGAUGUCAUGGCUGCAAUUACAAACUAGGGAUCACACUGAAAGGGUACAGAAUGUAGAGGAACUCCCUGCUUCUGUUGGACUACAACUCCCAGAAUCCCCAGAUAGCCUGGGCUGUAGGGCAGACGCUGAUUGACUUUUGUUCUAAUAAUGAACCAAAUGGAUAAUGUGGGGCCCUUUCAAAAUCAGCCUGUGCAGGGCCCCAUUCAUUAUAUACAGCCAGGCGGAACCUGAAUUGUUUGUGUUUCCAGCAUCUGAGGGGUUCAGGAUAUGGGAGUUGUAGUUCAACAGGUUUGUGGGCCCCUCUUUGUAUAAAGGAAGGGACCCCUCUUAGGCCUUGCACUUUCCCUUAUAUACUGCUGCCCUACAGUCCCAGUCCCUUCUCCCCACUGACGCACAGAGAAUGGGGAGACGUCUGGCACUGUGGAGCCCCAAAUGGACAGGGGCCCUGGGCCCUCUCUCCUCUCCCUAAACUCUAAUCUGAGCCAUUCUGUCACUUGUAUUUUACUCCGUUUUCAGAUGUGUUCACACAUAUAAAGUUACAUAUUCGAGAGAGAAGUUGCAUAACUAACUACUGUAUAAAAAUAGCCCUUGCUCACAGAGCUUGCAAUCUAUUAUUCUUACAUGCAACAUUCAUCCACAGGUGACGUCCUCUCGGAGAUACCUUGAGUACUUUGGAGAAUAGGAAUUGCCGCAUAUUUCGUUGCACAUCUCAGCCGCCAAUGAAGAGGAAACGGAUUAGCGCCGAAAAUACCGUUGCUGCUUUGGGAUUGGCCGGCCAGUGAGCAUAAGAUGAUGUUGGCAGGAAAGGGGCCCAUUUGGGUCCAUUGGGUUCUGAUUUUGUGCCUUGGAACUUGUGCCGAGGCCCUGACCAGAGCUACGGGGAGCAAACCUGCAGAAUUCGGCAAACGCUACACGGGGAUUGUGGAUAAAAACACGGAGGAGCUUUACUCGUUCAGUUACACCAGCAAAAAUGGCACGGACGCACUGCGGGUCUUCGUAAGUUCCGAUUCCAUCAACCUGGAGUUCCCUGUGCUGUUUGUGGUGCGACAACAGAAAGCCAUCCUCUCCUGGCAGGUGCCAAUGGUCUUCAGAGGAAAUUUCCCAAGGAUGUACACUUACCAGGAAGUGAGCCGCACGCUGUGUCCCGUCGAACCCCAGGAGGAAUCGGGGUCCCAGGAGCAAUUUAUAUAUAUUGACAUUGCCUCCAUGUCGCCCUCUGUUGUUCAUUACGAGCUCAUGGUCAUGCGACUGCUUUACUUUCAGCUACAGACGUCUGUCCCUUUCAACUUCAGUGCGUCGCCAUCUCAGCCUCAGUAUUUUCUCUACACGUUUCCCGAGGGUGUCGAUUCCGUCAUCAUCAAAGUGACGUCUCCUGAGAUCUACCCCUGCUCGGUGGUGUCAGUGCAGGACAUUUCGUGCCCAGUGUAUGACCUGGACUAUAAUGUGGAAUUUAAUGGCGUCUACCAGACCAUAACAAAGCAAGCCGCCAUCACCGUGCAGAGGAAGGAAUACCCUGGGGGCAAGUUUUACGUGGUCUUUGUCAUAAAACCUGAAGAUUAUACCUGCGGGGGGACCGUGCCUCAAUCCACUCAAGGGUCAGGAAAUCACACCUGGAACCUGAAGAGGGUGAAACACCUGGACGUGACUAUCAGUCCAUCAAUACAUGAAUCAGUGUAUAUUAAGGCUACACUUCUGUGUCUGCUCUACUUCCUGGUCUUCUACGUUGGAUCACUACUUGUGGCUUUUGUGCACUAUAUAAGAAUCCACAGGAAGGAAAAGAACCUGAAGGGAAGCCCAGAUGAGGGUGAAGGCAGUGUGGCCCCCUCACACCCCAUUACAACCAGUACCCCAGAGGGGAGCAGCUAUGGAGCAAUAGAUGAGUCGAGCCCCGGGGCCCGAAAGCUGACUCCUCCUCCUCCCAUCCCGCGACCCCGGGUUUACUCCGACAGUUCUGCGGAUGAAGAGAGCGAUUUUGACGCCAUUCCGGAGAUGGAAUGCGACAAGAACGUCAUUCGGGCAAAGACGUUCCUGUAUGUGUCGGAUCUGUCAGUGAAGGACCGCAGGGUUGUUAGUAAGAAGUACAGGAUUUAUUUUUGGAACAUAAUCACCAUUGCAGUGUUCUACGCUUUGCCUGUCGUCCAGUUGGUUAUCACGUACCAGACGGUGUUGAACGUGACGGGUAACCAGGACAUCUGUUACUAUAACUUCCUAUGUGCCCAUCCGCUGGGUGUUCUCAGCGCCUUCAACAAUGUCAUGAGCAACAUGGGUCACGUCUUGCUGGGUUUCCUCUUCCUACUCAUUGUUCUCCGCCGAGAUCUUCUGCACAAGCACCUUCUUGAAGUCAAUGACACCUACGCCAAGGAUUAUGGAAUCCCCAAACAUUUUGGCCUCUUUUACACAAUGGGUGUGGCCCUCAUUAUGGAAGGUGUGCUGAGCGCCUGCUACCAUGUCUGCCCCAACUACUCCAACUUCCAGUUUGAUACGUCCUUCAUGUACAUGAUCGCUGGGCUGUGCAUGCUAAAACUGUACCAGACGCGCCAUCCGGACAUCAACGCCAGCGCCUACGCCGCCUACGCCUCCUUUGCUCUGGUCAUCUUCCUCGCAGUCAUGGGAGUGAUAUUUGGGAAGGACAACAUCUGGUUCUGGGUGAUAUUUUCCAUUGUCCACGUGGUGGGUUCGCUAGCGCUCAGCACUCACAUCUAUUACAUGGGGCGCUUCAGGAUCGACGUGUCCAACGCAGAUUUUGGCAUUUUCAAGCGCAUUGCCCAGGUGCUGUACACGGACUGUAUGCAACAGUGUAGUCGGCCUAUGUAUAUGGACAGGAUGAUUCUGCUCAUCGUGGGAAACAUUGUCAACUGGCUUUUCGCCAUAUUUGGCCUGGUGUUCCGGCCUCGAGACUUUCCUUCCUACCUGCUGGGCAUUUUCAUCUGUAACCUGCUGCUCUACCUGGCGUUCUACAUCAUUAUGAAGUUGCGCAGCUCAGAGAGGAUCCAGAUGCUUCCGCUCUUCUGUAUCAUUGCCACGGCGGUUGUGUGGGCUGCCGCCCUGUAUUUCUUCUUCCAGACCCUCAGCAGUUGGGAGCAAACCCCUGCUGAAUCCAGAGAGAAAAACCGCUCUUGUAUCAUCCUGCACUUCUACGACGACCACGAUAUUUGGCACUUCCUCUCAGCAACGGCAAUGUUCUUCUCCUUCCUGGUCCUUCUCACACUGGAUGAUGAUUUGGACGUUGUACGCAGAGAUAAAAUCCCAGUGUUUUAAGUGAGGACCUCUCACCAACAGACCUCCUCCAUGGAUUGAGAAGCUUGAUAUCAAGCUGAAUCUGCAGGAGUAAAGCCCUUUCCAGCUGUUCAACCGUUCAACCGAAGGAAUUUGAUAGUAUGAUGGUGCCAAUAGCUGGAGAAGUGUUUCGUUUUCUCCUUAGCCAAGCGAUCUACUGAUCAAAGGACCAUACAUGCUGCCUACAAAUACUGCCAAACCCAGAGCUUGAUCCAGGGCCACCUUGCUACCAGGCUGGUCAGCCCUAGCUUUUAUAUUACUGCACAAUUUACUUGAUGUUCUAAAAUGUGUGAAACAGAUUCCCACAUCUGUGGUUCCGUAACUUAUUUCCUUCCCCAGGGCAACCACAGUGUGGGGCAUGUAAGUAGAUUUGCUGGUUGAACUUGAGAUUGAGUGAGUGGUGGUUAUCCAAUCCGGACUUUUUUAUCCAGGACUUCAGCAGGGAGAGAUAGCAGAAAUCUCUACUAAAAGAGUGAUGGUCAAUCAGAUCUGAGAAAAUAACCAAAAUAUAGGACAUCAUUACCACGGAGAUUUCAGGAUACUUUUUGCACAGCCCUGAUUCGAUGAAUCCACUUCCAUAUUUUCUGUAAAGUUACCCAUGAACCCAGGGCAAACAGCUACAUAGUUUCUUCUGGGUUUUUUUUUUUUUGUUUUUAAACCCAAAUCUCCUCUCUGAAAUGUUUCUAGUCCUGACAUUACCCUCCUGGGUGUUGAGGGUAAAGCGCAUAAUCUUGUGUGGAGUGUGGCUGAUCGUUCUGUUUUGCUGAAUUUGGUGUGAACUUUACACAGUAAAUGUAUGUGCUCGUGGCUUCAAAGUACAACGUACUUGGGUUCAAACCGUGCGCUGCUUGUAGCCUUCCUGCCUUUGUCAUUGGUAAGAGACAGAGGAACAUUUUAAUACAUUUCUCUUGCAUUUAUACAUCUUUUCAUGAGAUUUGCCAAUGAGUCCGCCAAACAUGUGAUCUUUUAAAGUGAUAGCAUCAUCAUUACCCUACGUAUUGACCCACUACAUUUUCUCAUGUUGUAGAACAUUUUUUUUAAAUCUUGUAACUAAUUUAAAAAUGCUUAAAAUAACUGUGCCAAAAAUGUGCUAAACCAAUCAGCACAGACUUUCAUCGAAAUGAGUCCAAGAGUCUGUAAUGUUGUGGCAUUGUCUUCUCAGGCUGGCUUCUUUGCUCAGGUUCCUUGUGGAGCUUUGAGAGAAUGUUCCUUAGUUGCCUGUUCCCAGUGUCGCAUUGGGGUCUGGUCAGCUUAAUAGCGCGUUAGAUACUACAUUAUAUGGCUAAGGGGGGGGGGGUUAAUUAUUGUUACUUAAAGGUUGUUGUUUUUUCUUCAAAAUAUCAGUUUGGCCAAAACCCAUCAUUUUUUGAUUCAAUGAACUCAACAUUUAGGUCGAAUACAGAAACAAAUUGGAGCCUUAAUCAAAUUCAAAUUUGCACAAAAUCUAAAAAUUUGUAUUAAAACAAAAAUUGCACCUUGAAUUCAGCAAUUUAAGGCUUCUGAUUCGAUUGAGGAUCUAGCAGAGUGUUGAAUCGAUUUCUGGAUUUGGAGCAUUAAACCAUGAUUCUGCUCUCCUAAAGCUUGUCUUUAAAUAUUUGAAUUUUUAUAAAUCACAAUGAUCAGCGAAACCUUGUUUUAUCACUCACAUUCAUAUAAAAUGCCAUAAAAUUUUAGGCAUUAUACAUACAGUAUAUUUACAGUCUAAAUACUAGUGACUGCGGAACUCAUCAAGGUCAUCCACCGAUACCAAAUUUCUCCUCAUCAAAUUAUUUACUUUAACCAAUCGGAAUGGUGGUAUUUAUUUAAAAUUCUGUACAUAAUAAAAUCCUAUCUCAGAGGAAUUUUUUUUGACAGUGGGAAUUUUUAAGGCUCAGGGUUUUUUUUUUAAGAAAAAGUCAGCUCUUAUUAAAAAAAAGUACUUUUGGGUAUUAAUGUGACUACAGAAAAUCCAACUAACCUGAGCAUUUUGGUGCCACAGCCUACGCCACACAAUUAAAUACUGUAUAGAUCUGCAAAUUUUAUGUGACCACAUUUGUUGUAUUGAAAUGACAAAACUGUAAUUUUAAAUUUCAUCCAAUGUUUGUUGUAACAUGAUAAAGGAGUUCAGAAAUCUUUUCCAAUUUGUCUUUAUUGCUGAAAAUGUUCUAAUAAAUUCAUUUUGGUUUUCA